AUGGCGCUCGGAAGUUUUUUUCACAACAAAAUUGAGAGCAUGAAGCUCGAGAUUAUCAGGGGACAAGCUGUCUUGAGAAGGUUAGAAGCUCAGCGAAACGACUAUAACUCCAGAGUGCGUCUUUUGAGAGAGGAAUUAGGCUUGUUACAGCAGCCAGGCUCGUAUGUCGGAGAAGUUGUGAAAGUUAUGGGAACCAAGAAGGUGUUGGUCAAAGUGCAUCCAGAAGGCAAAUAUGUUGUUGAUAUCUCCGAAAACGUCGAUGUCACAAAGCUCACAGUAGGGAAGCGAGUUACGCUCCUUUCAGAUUCUUAUAAACUUGAAAAAAUGCUUCCCUCUUCGGUUGAUCCACUAGUCUCUCUCAUGAUGGUAGAAAAGGUUCCUGAUAGCACCUAUGAUAUGAUUGGAGGCCUAGAUCAGCAGAUUAAAGAGAUUAAAGAAGUAAUAGAACUAGGACUAAAGCAUCCUGAACUUUUUGAAUCUCUUGGAAUUGCACAGCCUAAAGGUGUCCUACUCUAUGGACCUCCUGGAACUGGAAAAACUCUCCUUGCGCGAGCGGUUGCGCACCAUACAGCAUGUAAAUUUAUCAGGGUAUCUGGCUCAGAAUUAGUGCAAAAGUACAUAGGCGAAGGGUCUAGAAUGGUAAGAGAGUUGUUCGUGAUGGCCAGAGAACACGCACCAUCAAUAAUUUUCAUGGAUGAAAUUGAUUCCAUCGGUUCAUCACGUCUCGAGGGCUCAUCUGGUGGCGAUUCUGAGGUUCAAAGAACUAUGUUAGAGUUGUUAAAUCAACUGGACGGUUUUGAGCCUACUAAGAACAUAAAAGUAAUUAUGGCAACAAACCGUCUCGAUAUUUUGGAUCCAGCUCUUCUCAGACCAGGAAGAAUUGACCGAAAAAUCGAGUUCCCACCACCUUCUGUCGAAGCCCGGGCGGAUAUCCUUCGGAUACAUAGCAGGAGUAUGAACCUAACUCGUGGUAUCAAUCUUACAAAAGUUGCAGAAAAAAUGAAUGGAUGUUCUGGUGCCGAGUUAAAAGGAGUUUGUACCGAAGCUGGAAUGUACGCGUUAAGGGAGCGGCGAGUUCAUGUCACGCAAGAGGAUUUUGAUUUAGCUACAGCAAAGGUAUUAAAUAAACAUGACGACAAGGAGGUCAGCUUAGGAAAAUUAUGGAAGUAA